AUGGGAUAUAAGAUAUAUUCUAACUCUGACUUAGUUCAAACAGUAACAUGGGCAAACUAUGAAUGGUUCGCUUUGAGAAACUCAGUACAACCACAAGCUAGAGAACAAACAGACCAGUAUGCAACUAUUGAGAAAAUAAGAAGACUUGACCCUAACGUUCCAGGAGUUUAUGUUAACCUUUCUGGACAAACUGCAGCAGCAGUAACCAAAGUAAAACUGAAACUUAGAGUUCCUUUGUCAUCUUUCCUCAUCUUCAGGUUUUUAAGAUACUUGCCAAACUGGGCAGGAAAAAUUUCUAUCGAACUUACUCCAAGCAAAAAUAACUUAGUCAUUGCACCAACACAAGACCCAUUCACUCUUACAGAAGUAGUGGGAACAAAUAAAAUGUCAUUCGCCGACUUUUGCAAAAACAAAGUUGACUUAGACUUUGGUUUCUCAAACCUCAACACUGAAGUAAACUAUUAUUUCAAUGCUGCUGGAGAUGCUUGGGACCCAGUUAAGUUCACAUGCGAAAAAUUUGAAUGCAAGAGAAUAGAAAGCAGACUUGCAGUCUAUAUGUUGGACCCAGAUAUUUCAAAUGCUUUAGCUGCCAAAUAUAUUGCAGUUCCACUUAUGUUCCCUAUACACCAAAUAUCUGUCAAAGACUUUGCAGGUGAAGUUGGAAACCAAAGUGCUGACCCAGGUGCAAGAACAGAUAUUGCCUUAACAACUGCAAUGAAACAUGCAGAUACUAUGUUUGUACUGUUCAGACGAACUAUAAAUGACUAUUCUUGCUUCUACAACCCUG